AUGGGUGCUUGUGCGUCGUGUCUCGGCUUGAACCGGCAUCCCUCGCAGGACGACGAUGAGACAGACCCCCUCGUGAGCACUCGACAAGGCGACUAUGGAACUGUUGAGAGCGAGGAGGUUGCGCAGCCGGAUGAAGAAGAGCUGAGGAGGGAGAGGGAGGCUCUGGAACAGAUUACGAUGGAAGCGACAGAUAACAUGAUCGAUGCUUCACACCCGGGAACAUCAGAGCUGAGCCAGCACUUCGCGCAUGCCCGGCCGACUACACCGUUCGAGUCUUCAGCAGACGGACCGAGCGACGUGGAAGAGGACGAAGAUGAAGCUGCAUGGCUAGAGAGCGUUCAAGCAGCGGGAAUGGACGAGGUCGUUCCGGUGGACGAGAUACAAUCCGGCAACUUGGUCAUGGAUUUCAGCCGGCUGCGAGACGAUCCUAUGUCUAUACCUUCGACGGCGAAGCCGAGCUUGAAGGGCAAGCUGCCGGCGUGA